AAUGAACAACGCGCACCCACACUCGCAUUACAAGCAGGGAUACAUUGGAUCGCGUUCAUCCUUGUCAUAUAAAAAUAGAAGCAGAAUGAUUUCUUCCAUUACAUGGGUGCCUCGGGGCGCCGCGAACCCCAAUCCCCCUCGUUUCCAAGCGUGCAAAGAAGAAGUCGAGGCCCUACUUCGUGAGCAUGGAGGUGGUAAUAACGAGCUCGAAAGACAAGAUUUCGAAGAGGAGGAUGAAGAAGAAGGGCAAAAUGGCGAGUUGGACCGGCAUGGUUUGCCUGUUGAGCUUCAUAUGGACGAUUACGAUGACGAGGAUGAAGCCGCGGGAGGGGCGCAGAAGGCCGCUUUCAUCCACGCAGACGCCAGUGAGGAGGAAGAAGGCGUUGAGAAUGGGGAGGAUGAGGAGGAUGAGGAUGAGGAGGAAGUGGGUAUAAUGGAGGAGGAAGAGGAGGAGGAGGAGGGAGAGGAGGAAGACGAAGGGGAGGAAGGGGAGGAAGUAGAGGAAGAGGAAGAGGAAAGUGGAAGAGGAAAGGAGGAUCAGCAGAGAAAUGAGCUCGCAGGAGCCUUGCCAGCAAGUGCGUUUCUGCGAGGUAUGGAUGAUAAUGACGAGGAAGACGACGACAGCGAGGACAUGGAGGACCACAUGAUUAAGUCGACAGACGCGGUCGUUCUGGUGGCGAAUACCGAGGACGAGGAGCACUCGGCCCUGGAGGUCCAUGUCUAUGAGGAGGACACGGGCUCGCUCUACAUCCACCACGAUAUCUCCCUCCCCGCCUUCCCCCUCUGUGUAGCCUGGGGCCACUGCCCGCCCGUGCCGGGACGGGAGAGCGAGCGCGGCUCCUUUGCGGCCGUGGGGACGUUCAAACCGGGGAUUGAGAUAUGGGACGUGGACAUCAUUGAUCCGCUUGAGCCAGUCCGCAUACUGGGCGGUGAAAAGGCGCUGCAGGGCACCGCCUCUUCGUGGAGCAAAGCCGGCAAGAAGGGCGGGAAGAAAAAGAAGAAACGGCGCCAAAAUGAAGACGAACUCGUGGAGGGCAGUCAUGAGGGCCCCGUCAUGACGCUCGCUUGGAACCAAUUCCACAGACAGGUCCUGGCCUCCGGCUCGGCCGACAGCACUAUUAAGCUCUGGGACGUGACGACGGGCGAGUGCUCCGCCACGCUCGCGCACCACACCGACAAGGCUGACCCCGAGUGCGUGGGCUGGUGUCCUCAUGCUCCCUCCACCCUCCUGUGUACCACCGAAGACGGCAGCCUGGUCGCCUGGGACGUCAGGGCUCCCUCGGGCCCCCUGUGGAAAGCCAAGGUGCACACGAAGACUUGCUCCUCCUUCUCUUUCUCCGCCCUCGCCCCGGGCCUGAUGGCCACGUGCGGCAUGGACAAGACGGUCAAGCUCUGGGAUUAUUCGGGCGAUCCCGGCGUCCCCCCGCGACAGCUGGGAGAGAAAGCGAUGUCCGUCGGGAAACUCUUCUCCAUCUCCUUCUAUCCCAGCUCGCCCUUCCUGUUGGCCACGGGGGGAGACAAGGGGCUGCUGGCUUUGUGGAAUCUGCACGAAUGCGAGGGCGUGAUGCGACGUUUCGGGGAAGGAGGAGGGAAAGGCGAGAAGGAGGGUAUGCAGGCGGCGAGCAUGAUGGAGGGGAUGAGCCUGGAGGGGACUGGGGACGGAGAGAAGGAGAGGGGGGAGCAGAAGGACAAAAAGAAGGACAAGGGCGGUAAGGGGAAAGCACCGAGUGGAAAAGCAAGAUCACAGACAGGAACGAGUGGAAAAGGAAGCCGAAAGAAGUAGAGAAGAUGCAGAGACACUUGUCUGUUGUGACGCAUGAGGGCGGGGCGAAGGCCUAGGAGGGGGAAGUAACCUCACGUGCUUGGGGAGAGGACUGGGUGGUGCCCACAAAGAAUAACGACACAGAUGAAAUGCGUCUUUCGUU